AUGUCUGCCAACCCCGAUUCCGUUACCAACCAGGGCCAGUUCCACGCCAAGGUCCCUCCUUCUAAGCCCAUGACCAACUCUGGCCACCAACCCGGCCACCAUGUAGGCAACGAACGCGCGCCCGAGUUCCACGCAAAGACUUUCCCACCCGGCACCGCGCCGGAGGAGCACACUUAUCUUCCGAACCCAAUUCACGAGAUCCCCGGCCAGGCUCUCAAUCCGGACGUCGACCCGUCUUCACGCACUGAUCCGCUCGACGCCUACCGUGGUCCCACCACCCAGGACCUCUAUAACCGGGCCACAUGGAGCCGGCCGAUGCAGGGCCAGACGAGUAGGGAGCUGCACGGCAUGCAUCCCGGUAAGCGCAAGAAGGAGCACUCCGGGCUCGAGGGUGUAGGCGCCACCGACCCGCAUGCCCCGACCGUCGAGCACAAGGUCCGCGAGAUUGUCGCCGAUAAGCCUCCGCCUAUCGAGAGGGGCAUCAGACAUGUAAUUGGUCCUGCGCCGGAGGGCGCGGAGUACGACCUGCCGGAGCCGGCGGACACGGUUGCUAAGGAGAACAAACCUAAGAGGCAUCACUGAAGAGGUUGCAUGCUGAUGCAAGGAAGUUGUGAGGUUGUACGAUAUGGUGUUGGAGGAGUGUCAGGAUCUGUACCCUGUAUUAACUAACAUGUUAUGAACAUGAACUGGCUUAUUCACUG